UGUGAGAAAAAUGAUGUGGUCUCUGGUCUCUCUGUGAAAAAAGCAUUCAUAUUUACAAAAUAGAAGAAAAGCGAAAUUUAUUCAAAGAAUUUCUUUUAUUACAAAUUUUAAGUUACUUACAGUGACCAUCUAUUAAAAAGGAAAAACAAAUUUCUCACCACUGACCCAAUAAAAAUUUUUCUAGAUAAGUGUUGCACCUGCAAUUUUUUAUAGCCACUAUAUCGUACUCACACUCUAUUCAGUAUAUCUAAUGCCCCCACCCUCCAAAAGGGCUAGCAAUAUUUCUAAAUUGAAUUAAUUUAACAAGCAUGAGUACGAUGGCGGAAAUGAACAAAGGUGAAGCUUUACACUGUAUUGAAAUUGCAGAACGAGCAUUUUCUGAAGGCAAUUUAGCAAAAGCGGAGAAGUUUUUAGUGAAAGCUGAAAGACUUUGUCCAACAAAUAAAGCAAAAGAAUUAUUGGCGAAAGUGAAAAGUGUUCCACCGUCAUCUGAUGGUGGUCAUGUUAAUUCUAAUUCAAAUAAGGAUCAACGAAGUGGCAAUAAUGAUACCGAGACUAGACGACGUCAUAAUUCCGGUACGCGCAAAGUUGAGCCGGACUAUACAACCGAACAGCUUGACGCAGUGCGUAAAGUGAAGAAGUGCAAAGAUUAUUACGAGAUUUUGGGAGUUACUAAAACCGCCACGGAUUCGGAAAUAAAAAAAGCUUACAAAAAGUUAGCCUUACAAUUACAUCCAGAUAAGAAUCGAGCUCCUGGCGCUGCAGAAGCUUUCAAAGCCGUGGGAAAUGCUGCUGGUGUUUUAACCGAUGCAGAAAAACGCAAGCAAUACGAUUUAUAUGGUUUAAAUGAACACCACAACCAUGGUGGCAAUGCAAAUAGUACGCGUAGCGGUUAUUAUACCAGCGAUUUCGGUUAUACACGCGGUUUUCAGGCCGAUGUCAGUGCAGAGGAGUUAUUCAACAUGUUUUUCGGCGGCGGUUUUCCUCAGCAAAACAUUUACAUGAGAUCACAACGUAGACGUCAGCAGAGAGAGGAAAGAGAAAAUCAGUCAUCGUCAUCGGCUUUAAUAAAUUUACUGCCUAUUUUAUUACUUAUUGGUCUGUCAAUGAUGUCCUCGUUAUUUAUAUCGGAUCCCAUUUACAGUUUGACACAGUCGCAUAAAUAUUCUUCCAAACGUGAGACAAAUACUCUUAAAAUACCAUAUUAUGUUAAGGAAAACUUUUAUGCAGAAUAUCAAGGUUCAGUUGGCCGUUUAGAAGAAUCGGUCGAAGAAGAGUUUAUCAAUCAUUUGAAACAUUCUUGUGCUCGUGAAAGGACUUACCGUGAUUCAAUGAUGACUAAAGCUCGUACUUUUGGCGAUCGGGAAUUGUAUCGUAAGGCUCAGAAUAUUAACUUGCCGUCUUGUGACAAUUUGCAAAAAUAUUUAGAUACAUAAUUUUCUCGUUUUAUUCUUCUUUUUGUUUUUAAUUUUUGUGCCUCUUAUUUAUGUAAAUUUUCUCUAUUAUAUUUUCUUAGUAAAAUUGUUUCGUCAACCAAAACAUUGCAAGCAUUUCGAAUUCUAUUUA